CCUCACCUUCUCCUUCGCUCCUCCUCUCUCUCACUCUGUCUCUCAUCUCGAAGAUCCGAAGAGCUCGGUAAUGGCGGAGGGAGGAGAUCGGGAGCCCUGGACGAGCUUUCUCCUCGACCUCUUCAUCUGGAUCUAGGGUUUCUCCUCUACCAAAUUCCACGCACAUUAGGGUUUCGUUUCUCCCCCAUCCGUGACAUGGCGCGAGGAGCUCUUUGGAUUAUACCUCUUCUUCUCGCGUUCGGAUGCGCCUUUCGAUCUCUCCACGCAAGCCCCGGCGACGUCGAUCCUCUCUACAGGUCUUGUGUUGAAAAAUGUGAAAGUACUGGGGUUAUUGGAAAGAGCUCUAUUCAGCAUUGCCAGUUUCCAGAGAAUGACACAUCUGUUGAGAAUCCCUGGUAUAUGCAAGAGCCGUUGUACUUGCAGUGGAAGCAACUUAAUUGCAGAAGUGACUGCCGGUACCAUUGCAUGAUGCAGAGGGAAGAGGAACGGCAAUCACUUGGCCUUAGUCCCGUUAAGUAUCAUGGAAAAUGGCCCUUUGAGCGUGUCUUUGUUUUUCAGGAGCCUCUUUCAGCCGCUCUCUCCGCACUCAAUCUACUGAUGCAUUUCAUCGGCUGGUUAUCCUUCUUCUUACUAGUAAAUUACAAGUUGCCUCUUAGGCCUCAAACUAAGAGGACAUACUAUGAAUACACUGGACUCUGGCAUAUUUAUGGGGUCUUAUCAAUGAAUGCUUGGUUUUGGAGCUUUAUAUUUCAUACUAGGGAUUUCGACUUAACUGAGAAGCUGGAUUAUUCAUCAGCUGUAGCUUUGCUCGGUUAUUCCCUAAUUUUGGCACUACUGAGAACUUUUAAUGUCAAAGAUGAGGCUACCAGGGUCAUGUUUUCGGCCCCAAUUUUAGCUUUCGUAACAACACAUAUCCUAUAUCUUAACUUCUACGAACUCGAUUAUGGAUGGAACAUGACAGUGUGCGUGGUGAUGGCCGUCACCCAACUCUUGGCGUGGGCGAUCUGGGCUGGCACUACCCGCCACCCCUCGCGGUUCAAGCUGUGGACAGUCGUGAUCGGAGGGGCCCUUGCGAUGCUCCUCGAGGUCUACGACUUCCCCCCUUACAAAGGAUAUGCCGAUGCCCAUGCAGUAUGGCACGCCACCACCAUCCCUCUCACAUAUCUCUGGUGGAGCUUUAUCCGUGAUGACGCCGAACUUCGCACUGCCGCUCUUGUUAAAAAGGCCAAGUAAAUGAACAUAUGGUGAAGGAAAAUAAUGAACCCGAGAUUUCAGCUCCUUAUUUAUUAGCCUUAGGGAGGACUAGUGUCCCAUGAUCCACUUUACUAACAAAAUUUGUCUAGACUUGUUUGUUUUAAAGUUAAUAUGUUUCAUUUUGUCGAGAUUUUGAAUUUGAAACUGUAAUUCUAGUGGUCACCUUUCAUACCAUAUGUUUUCAAUUUUUGUAUUUGAAGGCGUGUAGUUAAACCACUUUUAUGGCAAUACUUCUAGAAUUGCGAUUAUGUCAGCGAAUGUUGGUGUUUUCAUCAUCA